UGGACUAAGCCCAAUAACAAAUUUGAAGUAAAACUGCUGAUUACCACCUUAAAAAUUGACCUAUUAGUUUCAGCUUUUUAAAACAUACAGCAUUUACCAAGCCCAAGGUAGAAUUACCCGUUUUAAAACCUAUAAAUUCUCGCGUUAUUCAAAAAUUUCUGAUAAAUCUUUCAGUGCCUUUGCUAAAACGCCCUUUCUGUAGAUUUUCUUUUGUAAUUACUCUGUCUUAUAUACAUAUUCAUGUAUGUACUUGUAUAAUCCCAUUAAAAUUCAGUUAAAUUAAAAAUUCAAUGGCAAACCAGCCAUCCCCCAGUGCAAUUCUAUGCGCUGCCUUCAAUCAAGAUAACAGCUGCUUUGCUAUUGGAACUAGGGAUGGGUUCAGAAUCUUUGAUUCCAAUACUGGCAGACUUCUUUAUGAGAGAGCUAUUGGAGCUUUCAUUGUGGUUGAAAUGUUAUUCAGCACAAGCCUUCUUGCCAUUGUUGGGGCUGGUGAACAGCCAUCUUUAUCCCCCCGGAGAUUAUGUUUGUUUAAUACCAAGACUGGAGCUGCUCUCCGAGAACUAAACUUUCUGACUUCAAUCCUUGCAGUUCGAAUGAAUAAGAAAAGAUUAGUAGUUGUUUUGCUUGAGAAGACCUACAUAUAUGACAUAAACAGUCUCCAGAUAUUGGACACAAUAGAUACUGUACCAAACUUAAAAGGACUUUGUGCAUUUUCCCCAAGUUUAGAUGGUUCCUUUUUGGCUUUUCCUGCUAGUAUAACGAAGGGAUCGGUUCUGGUCUACAAUGUAAUGGAACUGCAAUCCCACUGUGAGAUAGAUGCUCAUCGCUCACCACUGGCUGCCAUGGUCCUUUCUUCCAAUGGAAUGUACAUAGCUACUGCAUCAGAACAAGGGACCAUAAUCAGAGUUCAUCUUGUCUCCGAUGCAACUAAGUCGUACAGUUUCAGAAGGGGGACAUAUCCAUCAAAUAUUUUUUCCUUGUCCUUUAGUCCAUCCACUGAACUGCCAGAUAUUCUUCUUGCCUCAAGCUCUUCUGGUUCUGUUCAUGUGUUUUCUCUGGGAUUUGCUCUGAAUCACAGAAGCAGGAGAUCAAAUACUUUUCUUGGGUCCAUAGUACCUGAUUCUGUAACUGAUGUACUGGAUUCUGCUUAUCACCAUGUACUUCAUCAUGCUGUCCCAGCUGGAGUCAAAAGUAAUGCAGUGGUUCGUAAGAUAGAAAGGGUUCCUGACACAUCAAUGGCUGAAUGUGCUGUCUUACGAGCCACGAUAUCAGUGUUAACUAAUGGUGGGUACUUCCUGGAGUAUGGCUCGACAAUCAACCGUCAAAAUGAGUCUUCAUGGACGCUGGAAAGGGAAUUUAAUCUUUUAACAGUCCAAGGAGAACAAGCCGCCAGUUCAAAUGUUGGCAAUUGAUGUGCACUUUACUCAUCCGCAGGCUUUGCUUUAAAGGACAGCUUGAAACUGGAGCUUGUGGUUCCUCGCUGACACUUUGGCUUUUAACUCAAAGUAGAAUACAAGGGUACACUGGCUAAUGAGUUAAGAUACCUGUUGCCAACCUUGAGGAACAUCUAGAUGGUUAAGAUACCUGUUGCCAACCUUUAUGACCAGGGUAUAUGUUUGACAUCAUAUGGUCUUUGAUCGCUCUCACUUAAACUA